CUCAAACAUGAUCAAUGUUCAGCGGAAGAUCAGGAGUGUGUGGAGAAGGUGCUGGACUCUUUCUCUGAGCAGGUUUAUCAACACACCAUGGUGCUCACCACACAAGCACCAACUGAAACCAAUGACAUCCUACAGAAGAUCAUUCAGAAAUGCUUCAACAGACACUUCAGUCUUCAGAGGAGCAGCUCUCCUGAUGAUCUUCUGCAGACGUUUGAGGACAUUGUGCAAAUGAAUAAUGGACGUCACCUGGAUUGUGAAGAGGGUGUGAAGCUGAAUCUGGUUGUGUGUGGUCGUGACGGGACAUUAAAAUCCUCCAUAUCAGAGCUGAUCCUGCAGCAGAAAGACAGAAGACCAGAGUGUGUGAGGAGAGACGUGCAGCUUCAUGGCCGUCUGAUCAGUCUGGUGAAGCUUCCAGCUCUCAGUCGUCUCUCAGAGGAGGAAAUGGUGCGUCAGACUCUCCGCUGUGUUUUUCUCUGUGAUCCUGGAGUUCAUGUUUUCCUCCUCAUUAUUCCUGACGCUCCAAUGACUGAUGAAGACAAAUCAGAAAUGGAGGAGAUCCAAAGGAUAUUCAGCUCCAGAAUCAACAAACACAUGAUGAUCCUCAUAAUGCAGAGUUCAGAGCAUCAGACAGCUGAACUCAAUGAUGAAACACAGUCUGUCAUUGAGGGUUUUGGAGGACGACAUCAUUUCUUUGGUCCCAACACACAAGUGUCUACAUUGAUGGAGAACAUUGAGAAGAUGCUGGAAGAAAACAGAGGAGAGUUUUUCUCCACAGAGACAUUUUUUGAUGCACAGAUGAAAAAACUACAGACAAACACUCAUUUUCAAGGUUCAACAGAGAGUGAAGAUGAAAUGAGGAUUGUGCUGCUGGGAAAAACUGGAGUUGGGAAAAGUGCAACAGGAAACACAAUCUUAGGAAGAGAUGCAUUUAAAGCAGAAACAUCUCAGCAAUCAGUGACUAAAAAGUGUCAGAGAGAAACAUCUGAAAUCAAUGGAAGACAUGUUACUGUGAUCGACACUCCAGGAAUAUUUGAUACUGAACUGAGUAAUGAGGAGAUCCAGAGAGAAAUCAGCAACUGCAUUGACAUGAUUCUACCUGGACCACAUGUGUUCAUCAUUGUGCUCAAUUUAGGACGAUUUACUCAAGAAGAAGAAACAUCAGUGAAGAUCAUCCAAGAUACAUUUGGAGAGAAAUCUUUAAUGUACACCAUGGUGCUCUUCACCAGAGGAGAUGAUCUGAAGAACCAAACCAUUGAACAGUUUCUAGGAAAACCUGGAAACUCCUUGAUGAAUCUGAUUGAAGUGUGUGGAAACAGAUACCAGGUGUUUAAUAAUAAUCAGACUGGAGACCGAACACAGGUGUCUGAUCUACUGGAGAAGAUAGACAACAUGGUGACAGCGAACGGAGGGAGUUUCUACUCAUGUAAGAUGUUCAGAGAGAUGGAGAGAGAAAAACAAGAACAACAGAUGAAGAUCCUGAUGGACAGAGUCAGAGAAGAACUGGCAGGCAAACAUGAAGAAGAGAUUAUGAAGAUAAUGAUGGAGGAAGAAAGACAGCAUCGUGACAAAGAGAGAAAGAGAAGACAAGAGCAUGAUGAUAAAAGAAGUGAAAGGGAGAAACAGAUUUCUGACUAUCAAUAUCUGAGACCUACUAAGAGUAAAGAGAAGAAGAUGUGCUCUAAAACUGAUGAUUCAGUACAGGUGAGUGUUCAGUACAAGUUCUGUUAUUAAAAAAAAAAAAAAAAAAAAAAAAAAAAAA